AUGGCGUCUAUAGAAUCCUUACUCAAUCCUCUUCCCGAGUCCUCUUUCCCCUUCGCUGUUCCAGCGCCGUCGAAAAGGGUCUUUACUCCACUGAAGCCUCGUCCAAAGAAGCCCAAGGUGGCCAAAGAUGCCCCGAUCUUCACACGCGGCACUGUCAGAGGCGAUUUGCGCUAUCCUCCAUGUGAAGAAAGAGACGAAGAACUCGCCCAGAUGCAUCGCGAGUUCCAGAUUCAUCCCAUGGGAGAGAUUGCUUCGUUCCCACGGCAUAUCCCAUAUAACAGCGAGAAAAAGUCAUUCCAGGAGAGAACUGGGCGGGAAAGCUUUGAAGUGUUCCAGUAUACAUUCAAGAUUCCGGGCGAAGAGAAGGAGUGGACCGUGAUGUGGGACUAUAACAUCGGACUAGUCCGAACGACACAUCUCUUCAAAUGCAACGACUAUUCAAAGACUACACCUGCAAAGAUGCUAAAUGCCAACCCGGGGCUCCGCGACAUCUGCCACAGUAUAACCGGUGGAGCUUUGGCGGCGCAAGGCUACUGGAUGCCGUUUGAUGCCGCAAAAGCAGUGGCGGCCACUUUCUGCUGGAAAAUCCGAUACGCGCUGACGCCGCUGUUUGGCAUCGAUUUCCCCUCGCUGUGCGUGCCGCCUCACGACCGCGCGCGGUUCGGCAAGAUGGUGAUCGACCGGGCGAUUGUCGAGAAAGCCGCCGAGACAGCCCACCGGUAUCGAGUCUUGGAACUGCGGGCCACGAUAUCCAGCUCUGUCUCGUCUCUGCCUCGGAGCAGCCCCGCAGGACGGCAUGUGAGUCCCCUGAGCGAAGACGAAUUUCCGGCGCGGAAGAAACCAACGAUCCUGCCCCGGCUCUUCCUAGACAGCAGCAGCAGCAGCAGCAGUAGCAGUAGCAGCAAGUCAUUCCGUGGCAGCGGGGUCGAGAGCCUACCGGACCGAUACUGCGUGUCCCCGUCGAGCCCUAGUCCCUGCCAGAACAACACGUUCACCCCCGUGAACACUCCACGCAGCACCGAGACAGCCCCAUCCUCUGUGCCCUCGCCGGGGGCUGUGCUGGCCUCUGUCUCAGACAUGAGCAUGUCGGGGCAGAUGGACAGCGAGGAAGAAGACGAGGAAGAAGAGGGGUGCGCCUCGGACACCGACUCGACACGGUACUCGGAGCUGACGGGUACGCCGAGCGAGUGUAUGUCAGUGACUGGACCUGAAGAUGGCGACGAGGGAGAGCAUGCGCUCGGCGCGGCAGGGACGACGAAGCUGUUUGUCAAGGAGGUCAAGGCGGCGCAUGCACUGCUGAGUCUGCACAUGCAGCAUGCGAGUGGGAGUGGGAGUGGGAGUGAGAGUGCCGUGGAGUCGACGGGGUCGGGGCGCAAGAGACGGCGGGUGUCAAUUUAG